AUGAAGGAAGAGAUUUUUGUAGAGCAACCUGAAGGAUUUAUUGUCAAAGAAAAAGAAGACAAAGUCUACCUACUGAAGAAGGCUUUGUAUAGGUUGAGACAAGCUCCCAGAGCCUGGUAUAGUAGGAUUGAUGCUCACCUGCUUACCUUAGGCUUUCAAAAGAGCCUAAGUGAAUUCACACUCUACAGCAAGAAGAUGGAAAAUGAUAUACUAAUUGUUUUUCUGUAUGUUGAUGAUUUGCUUGUGACAGGAAGCAAUACAGGGUUGGUGAACCAAUUCAAGGUUGAAAUGAAAAAGGUCUUUGAAAUGAUAGAUCUUGGAGAAAUAUCCUACUUCCUUGGAAUGGAAGUACAACAAAAGCAGCAUGAGAUUUUUAUUUGUCAGCAGAAAUAUGCCAAGAAAAUCUUAAAGAAGUUCAGAAUGGAAGAGUGCAAACCUACAACUACUCCUAUGAAUCAAAAGGAGAAGUUCAGCAAGGAAGAUGGAGCUGAAAAGAUGGAUGAAGGACUUUACAGAAGCCUAAUAGACUGUCUGAUGUAUCUAACUGCUACAAGAUCAGAUAUAAUGCAUGUUGUCAGUCUCCUAUCAAGAUACAUGCACUGUGCCAGUGAAAUUCACCUCCAAGCUGCAAAAUGUGUGGUGAGAUAUAUUAAAGGUACCAUUAACUAUGGCAUUAAAUUCAGAAAUGUUCAAAAUUUCAAGUUUUAUGGCUUUUCUGAUAAUGAUUGGGCUGGUUGUGUUGAUGAUAUGAGAAGUAUUUCGGGCUAUUGUUUUAGCUUUGGUUCUGAUGUUUUCUCAUGGAGUUCUAAAAAACAAGAUGUUGUAACUCAAUCCACAACUGAAGCAAAGUAUAUUGCUGCUACUGCAGCUGUAAAUCAAGCCUUAUGGUUUAGAAAGCUGCUGACAGAUUUGGAUAUGAAGCAAAAAAAAGCACUCAGGCGUUUGUAG